AUGUCACUAUUUACUAUUUUAAGGAUAUUGGCCGCUCGGCACAGUAUCGCUGGUCAAGGCUUGGCUAAAGCAGUCUGUAAAGCAACUACAGAGGAGAUUAUCGGGCCUAAGAAAAAACAUUUGGAUUACCUACUGCACUGUACAAAUGAGCCUAACGUCUCUAUCCCUACCCUGGCAAACCUUCUCAUCGAGAGAACACAGAAUCCGCACUGGGUUGUCGUCUUCAAAGGUCUCAUCACAACGCACCAUCUUAUGUGCUAUGGGAACGAGAGGUUUACACAGUACCUUGCUUCAAGUAACAGUAACUUUCAGCUCAAUAGCUUUUUAGACAAGGGAGGAGUACAAGUGACUGAUCUGCUGCAAAAUGUAAUAGCUCAGGCUGUAUACCUUGAACCAAACCAUAAACAAACUGCGGAAAGAAACAGGAUUGUAGGAUAUGAUAUGUCCCCGUUUAUCCGGCGGUACGCCAAGUAUAUGAGCGAGAAGUCGGUUAGCUACAGGAAUGUAGCAUUCGACUUCUGUAAAGUUAAGAGAGGGGAUUUGAACAACGGAGUAAUCAACGCUUGUUUUAUGCUCCUCUUCAGAGAUCUUAUCAGGUAUUAUCUGCUCUCAAAUGUAGGAAUAGAUAAGGGAGACAUACCCGACCUUGCCAAGGCUCCGAGUAGUUUAUUGGAUGCACUCGAGGCUCACUUGGCGAACCUAGAGGGGCGAAAACCUGGAUCCGGGGGCACCACCCCAACAGGAGCAGCUAGAGUGAACGUAGCAGCUGCAGUGAAUGCUUUAGCUUCCACCUCAAAUGCGUUUGGUUCUGCCGCUAACAAUGGUGGUAUAGACGAUAGGACAGCAGAGAAACUUUUACAGGAGGAGGCUGCUGCUAUGGAGAAGUUCCGUAGUUCUGCCAGCGCUAGCAAUCCGUUUGCAGUGACAGCUGAAGCUGAGCAGGCCGAGGAAACCCCGAACAUUCUAGAUCUUUUCGGUGUAUCAGCUCCAUCAUCAGCUGCUCCUGCUAAGAGUCCAGCUUUUCCAACAACAGCUGCUGACGAUCUACUGCAGCUUCAGGGAAAUCCCUUCGCUAAUAUGUUAAACGCUGCUGGAAGUGGGGCACCUGUGUUUCCCACCCCCACCUCUACACCCUUUAAUACUAAUGGAUCUGGUUUUGGUUCCAAUAAUUUUGCAUCAGAUAAUUCCUUCAAUAAUAUUUUCGGCCAACCCCCUGCAGGAAAUGGUAACGGUAUGACAGGUAGUGAUCUAUUCGCUGAUAUUCUACAACCUGCUGGUGCUGUCACCAACAAUCAAUCUAAACCCAAGCAGGUGAUUACUGGAGAUCUGGACGCUUCAUUAGCAAAUCUUGCUUCUAAUCUUAAUUUUGGUGCAAGCGGAAAUCCUGCCUUGAGUGCACCUGUGCGGGGACCUCCUAUGGGAGCCAGGAACAAUUUUCAAAAUCAACCUAUGGUUGGCGACGUUUUUUCUCCUCCAAAUCCAAGUUUUGGGGUUUCUAGUUCAAUCUCCCAGCCAAACUUUAGCAUGGCUAACCUUACUCCUUUUGGAAAUACUUCCUCAAUGGCUGGCAAUGCAUCUUCCUUUGGUGGAAGCUCCUUUGGUCUUGAGACCACCUGGGGCCAGUCUCCCAAUCUUUCAGGAACAUCACCGGGAAAUUCUUUUGUUUCACAUCAACAGUUUCCCACAUCACAGCCUUUCCCCACUUCAAGUCCUUUCCCUGGGUUGUCUCCAUCCCAGUCUUUUCCAGCUUCAGGGCUUUCAGGCAUAAUGACUCCCUCGCCAUCCAUGCCGGUUAUGUCGUCUUUUAGUUCAUCACCAUUUGCAUCUCAGAACCUGAACACUGGGUUUUUAUCCACUUCCUCUUCUCAGAAUUUUAGCAACAACAAUAAUGAGGUAGGAGGGAAGUAUCUCACCCCCAACAAAGGAUUCCAGGCUGGGUUUGGAAACGGGAGUACUCCAGGGUUCAAUACUGGGGCUCCUGGUCUUACUACUGGAACCAUCCCUGAUAACGAUCCUUUUGGUGGACUCCUCUAAACAAUGCAUGCGCAUCCCUUCAUGUGAGCACUGCAGUGAUAUAAAACCAGGAAUUCAGUCAAAUGCAAUAUAUAUAUGAAAGAUCUUAUGGAAACUGAAACUUUUAAAAACUCGACUUUUAACGGUUAUGAAAUUGUGAAAUAUUUUAUUUUUUAAAACCUUCGAUGAAGUGUUAUAAACCCAUUGCUCUACAUUAUGCAUAUAUAAAUAAGUUAUGUAUUAUAAUUGUAAAUUUUCAAACAAAUAUAUCCCACAUUUUAUCAGAAGGUUUUAGAAGUUAUUUUAUGUUUGUACUUAAGUCUGCAUUUCUCAUAUAGAUUAUUUGAUUUGCAGUAUGUAACCCUGAUCUUUGUAAAUGUAUUUAAAGUUUUAUCAAAAAUAAGAAAUUUUAAUUUCACGAAAUGCGUUGAUUUUUAGAUCUACUUAAACAUAGAGGACUGGGAUCCAAUAGUGAACAAAAUAGAAGCAUACCAUGCUAUUUCAUUCAAUAGUAAAAUGGAUAAAUAUUUUAAUUUAGAUGAAUCAAUAUUUGUUCAAUCAGAGUCAGAUGUUGUUAAAGGUACCACAAAAUAAAUUAAUAAUUUUUCUUUCUGUUUUUGUUCUCCAUACACAUUUUAUACAGGGUAACAUGGUGAAAUCAAGAAGUCCUUUCGAACUUGGAUUUGUUUACGGAUCUGAACCUUUUAUUUAAAAAGAAUAACAAUAAAAGACCAUUAAAUGUUCAUUGUUCAGCUUGUCUAGUUUUCAAAACUUGAUAAACCAAUGUUGUAUUUUCAUGUAAUGGGACAAUUCACGUUAUUUCAAGUGCAUCUCCAAUUAAAGAUUUACAUAACCUAAAUCUGAAAAACAUGGAUAUCUUUAUCAUUCAAAGACAAAAUUACUGUUGUGAAUCAAGACUUUAACUCUUUAAAUGGAUGGUUUCUUGAAAUUAGUCAGUUGUCCCUGUAAAAUAGUCCUGAAACCCUGUUAAACUGAUCAGUCUAUAGGUCAGUUGCUUUAUACAUUCCAUGUAAUAAGUUUAUAUUUAGUUUCAAAUAAAACAUUUUAACCAUAAU